UCCAGUCAUAACUCGUUAGCGUUCUGCUGCAUCUCCAAGAUCCAUGAGAUUGCAGAAACGGGAUAGCUUCACCGAUCCCCAGCGGUCAUGAGCGCUUCACAUGAACGACGGACGAUCACUUCUUGCCACGGCACUCCUCCAGCGUCUUCCUACACUCCUCCAUAGUCUUCUGCAGCCGUUCAUGCGCCACACUGACCCGUUCCAUAUGCUCCUGCAUGCGAUCCAUAUCGUCUUUCAAAGGGGCGCCCGGCACAUAAUCAUCUGUGGACAAGGCGCUAGUUUCCUGACCCUCCGCGCUGGAACUCGCAGCCUGAGACGCCUGAUCCCGCAGCCUGCGCGCCGCCUGUCUCCGAAGAAUAUCUCUCCCCGCGAUCCUAGCCUCCAUGCGUCCUCUCGCCGUCUUACUGGCUUCGUAGGCUCUGAUCCACGCCUGCGCCUUGGGGCAAUCCGGCUGAGAUUCGCGCAGGACCUCGGCGAUGGCGUCGUUUGUGAGAGGAGCCAUCAUGGUCGCGCCUUCGUAUCUGACAAUCUCCUGGGGCGAGGAAGGACGGACGGUCUAUCGCAUGUAUUAAUCAUUAGAAUCGCAACCCUUUUCGAUAUCCACCCACUCAGGGACCUCAGGAACAAAGGCUUACACCAUCGUAAUCGAUCUUAAACGGCGCAGGACCACGGAAGAGAUUCGAGAAUUCAAGCGGAUCGAUGGGGAGCUCGUCUCUCUCGGCCCAGAACCUGGCCAUCUUGAGGUUGGGGCAUUCCUUUUGGUUUUGGGAUCCGACGUCUUUGCGCUUAGCGUGAUUGUGCUGGAUGGCUUCUGUGGCCAGUUUGGCUGCCUUAGAGUGUUCGGUCUUGGUGGAUUGAGCAGUGCCUUGGUCUGGCAUGGUGUCUGGGCCGGUCUUCUUGCGACGAUUCGCCUUCUUCGGUCCCAUUUUGAUGGUGUUGAUGGGGGAGGUGAGGUGGAAGCGAGAGAGGGAGGGGGGCUUGAGGACUGCAUCUAGUAGAUGAGUGAGUUUCCGGUAGGAGUAAUAGUGAAUGAGAAAUGCAGAUCGAGCUUGGUUUAGGGCGAAUGCCAUAAUGCUAGUACACACGGAGG